AUGGAGUACGAUUUCAAACCCGACCUGCAAGACGUGCCUUCGAGCAUCGACCGGCCCACCCACAAACUCAAAAAUAUUACAGUUGGCGAAUGUGGUGUACAGUUAUUAUUGUCAACCAGAGACCAUCUGUAUGACGCAGAAAAUGUUGAAGCGGGAAACCAUUCAUGGCAGGUCGUUGGCGCUUGGGAAGAGUCAUCAGUCAAGGACCUCGCGCAAAUGCUGGGCAGUCGUCAAGCAGCUGCCCCCCGCCAGAACGCUGAACCAUCAAAUUUCAAAACCGGCACGGGAAAGAAGCUUGGAGUAGUAAAUGAUAUUCGGCGAUAA